CCUGCUUGUCCUCACGAGGGGAACCAGUACAGUCCUGUCAGCGCGCGGCUGUGUUGUGGAAGAUGGCGUUAGCCGAAUGGAAAUCCUAAUGACAGUCUCCAAAUUUGCCUCUUUUUGUACCAUGGGCGCCAAUGCCUCUGCUCUGGAGAAAGAGAUUGGAUCUGAGCAGUUUCCAGUCAAUGAGCACUACUUUGGCUUGGUCAAUUUUGGGAACACAUGCUACUGCAACUCUGUGCUCCAAGCUCUUUACUUCUGCCGGCCCUUCCGGGAGAAGAUCCUGGCAUAUCGUAGUCAGCCCCGGCGGAAGGAGAACCUGCUCACCUGCCUGGCUGACCUUUUCCACAGUAUUGCCAACCAGAAGAGGAAAGUAGGUGUCAUCCCACCCAAAAAGUUCAUCACACGGCUACGCAAGGAGAACGAGCUUUUUGAUAACUACAUGCAGCAGGAUGCUCAUGAGUUCUUGAACUACCUGCUCAACACCAUCGCUGAUCUGCUUCAAGAGGAGAGGAAGCAGGAAAAGACCAAUGGCCGCCUUGCCAACGGUACAUUGGACUCCCAGAACAAUAACAGCAAUGCUACACCUGCUCCCACCUGGGUCCACGAGAUCUUCCAAGGCACUCUGACCAAUGAGACACGCUGCCUCACCUGUGAAACGAUAAGCAGUAAAGAUGAGGACUUUCUGGACCUUUCUGUGGACGUGGAACAGAAUACCUCCAUCACUCACUGCCUCAGAGGUUUCAGUAACACGGAGACACUGUGCAGCGAGUACAAAUACUACUGUGAGGAAUGUAGAAGCAAGCAGGAGGCACACAAGAGGAUGCGUGUAAAGAAGCUGCCGAUGAUCCUGGCUUUGCACCUGAAGCGUUUUAAGUACAUGGAGCAGCUGCAGCGAUACACCAAACUGUCUUAUCGCGUCGUCUUCCCCCUGGAGCUCCGUCUCUUCAACACCUCCGGGGACGCCACCAACCCCGAGAGGUUAUACGACCUGGUCGCCGUAGUGGUGCACUGUGGGAGUGGUCCAAACAGGGGGCACUACAUUGCCAUUGUGAAAAGUCAUGACUUCUGGCUGCUCUUUGAUGAUGACAUUGUGGAGAAAAUCGAUGCUCAGGCUAUAGAAGAGUUCUACGGCCUCACUUCUGAAAUCUCCAAGAACUCCGAGUCGGGCUACAUCCUGUUUUAUCAGUCCAGAGACUAAACAUGGACUCAAGCGCUUCAACGCAUAAACAUGGAGAGAUGCUUUCCUCCCUAUUUAGUUGGAAAGCAGCAGACUGUAAGAAAAAAAAAAUACAAAUAAAAACACCGCAGCCACUCGCAGGGUGUCAUACCUGCCUGCACAGCUGGAUUUCAUGCCUGUGCUUUUUACGCCCUCGGCGCUGCAGCUCAGCCAUGGACCCCACUGGCCUCCAUGUCCUUCCUGUCCCCUCAUCCACGCUGCUGCUGCGAGGACAAAUAAUGAAUGAAACUGAUCGUUUUAAAAAAGAAAAAAGACUGAGGGUUGUACAGAUGCUGAUUGCUUGUACGAGUGGUGUUUUAGUUUUUGCCUUUGGGUGUGGGGUGAGUGGGUAUUUAAUUCAUAUGAUAUAAUAUUGGCUUGGAGUCUUCACCUCCCAUGACAUUAUUCUAAACUGUGACAGUUUGUGGUCCUGGAUGUAACGGAGGAUGGACAGGAGCUGGGUACCCCCGCUUGUAGGGUACCUUCUCCCAGGCUGUUGUAUUUCUACAGUGUACAGAAUGGUAUUUGUAUAAAUAUUACAAGAUAAUAUUAUCAUUGGAAAACGUUAGACCUUGAGAAGAUGUAUUAACACUAUGGUGCACUUUUGAUACUGUUUUGUAGGUGUUGGCAAGCUUGAUGUGAGGGGUUGCUUGAAAAAGGCCUGUUGUGAAACGAUCAUUUUCUGUUUUUAAAGAGAAAAACAAUAAAAAAAAUAUAUAAAUA